AUGCCGCCUCAUCCUCUCGUCCCGCCAGUCUCCCGGCGACUUCGCUCGUCGCCUCGCACCACGUCGCCCGGAGCCACCUCACGUCGUUCCGUUUGCACGUCUUCCCGCCUCGCGUUUCCCCGCCCCACGUCUCACCGCCAACGUUACCCCGCCCCGGUCACCCGUCGCUCGGCGGAUAUGUGGGCGGCUCUCGGCGGGGUCGGGGGUCUCCAUGUGGGGCUCCUUCUGGGCGGCGCUCGAGGCCUGCACAGCUCGCCGGUCUCCUGCGGCAAGAACCUACUCAAGAAAUUUGCUUCGAAAACCAAGAAGAAGUUUUGGUAUGAAGGUCCUUCCUUGGGCUCUCACUUGACUCACAGGCCGUCUCAGUUGGCAUCCCUGACGAAGAGCACGUCCAAGCGAGCCAGGAGGGAGGACCACGUGCGCCUCAGGGCCCUGAACGGCCUCCUCUGCAAAGCGCUGGCUGAGUUGCUGUGCACCCCAGAAGUGAGCCAGGAGCUCUGCGACUUGAAUGUGGAGCUCUCCAAGGUCUCUCUGACUUCAGACUUCUCCACCUGCCGCGUGUUCUGGAGGACGACUGUCUCAGAGGCUCAGAACGCGAACGUGGCGGCCGUCCUGCAGAGGAGCGCUGCGCACAUGAGGCACCUUUUGAUGUCCCAGCAGACCCUGAGGAACAUGCCGCCAAUAGUGUUUGUUCAGGACAAAAAAAAUGCAGCUAUAGUGGAGGUUGAUCGCUUACUGGCAAUUGCUGAUUUUGGACCCCCGGAUGAAAAAGACGUUGUGCAAAAUGAUUUCAGCGACCCCGAGGCCCCGGACACUGCAUUGCCAUGUGAUACCCUGGGCCCUGCUGCACCUCCGAGUCUGUGUGGGAUCGACCACGAGGCUCUCCACAAGCAGAUCGUGGAGUACAAGAGGAGGAGAGAGAAAGGGCACGGGAGCGUGGGCCCAGCGCGGCUGCUGCACCCUGCCGAGCUGGUGAGGAAGAGGAAGGCCAAGCCCCGAUCGGACGAUGACCUUCCCCAGGACUGCCUGUGGGCGACGGGGAGUGACGAGCCCCCGGGCGACGGGGCCCUUCCUGAGGAGCAAACCCCGGGGCUAUGCAUAGGGGCUCCAGGGGCAGAGAGGAAGGAUCGCGGACCCUGACCCGCUCCCGUGAGCACGCGGAGACCCACGCUGCCGGUGCCCCCUGGGCUGCCCUUGUGCAGGCGCAGGCUGAGCUGUGCGGGUGUCAUGUCUGAGCCCUUCAGACCUAUUGCUGUGCUGCAGUGAGAGAUGGGGCGAGGCUGUGGAGAGGGUGUGAAAUCUCUUAGGUCGAUGGUGUGUGGUCUGCCCUCCAUAUUUGGGGUUCCAGGUUUGCAUGUUUGCUUGCUCACUAGAGUUUCUCCACGGCCCCCAGAUCCAUACUUGUGGCACUUUCAUGGUUGUUCUCGGACACGCACAGACCAGUGGGACGCACACUUGGCCUUGUGGUCACACGAGGCACUGCUCUGUCCGCUUUGUUCAUCUCGGGCUGUGAACAGCCACCCUGUCCGAUCGGGUUAGCGCUAUGUUAGUGUGUGCUGACAGAUUUCACUCGUGGUGCCUAAGUGCAGGAGGCCAUGAUGUGUCUCCUAGAGAAAGCACGUGUUAGAGGAGCCUCGUUAGGAAAUAAACAAAUCAUUUAAUUCUGACACAGGAACAUCGUUCUGGGCUUGGGGCAUCUCCAUUUCCCAACUAUCAUCAACCUUGAAACACUGAAAACGCAAGCUCAGAUGAUUGGAGAAAGGUACGCUAUUAAGCUAAAGCAAGGAAACCUGUAACGUGGCUUUUCAGGGAGUGUAAUUCCCCUUCUUGUAAACUGUUCCAGGAAGGAAAGCAUUGCCUUGCCUCUGCAACAGCGGCAAGCCCCAAAUGCCACUUUCCCUGUCGGCAUCUGGGACCAGGUGCGGUGCCCAGCAGGGAUAUGGCACCAAGAAGGUCCAUCUUUGCCGGGACGGUGGCCCACGCUGAAGGGACAGCAUCACGGGAUGCCCCUGUGGAUGCUCCAGGCGUGUUGCUGUUUGAGUGGUGCUUGUGUGAUCCUGCCCUGGAAGGGUGCACAUAGCCUGUGGGUGGGCUGUUUCCAUUAGGGUGUGGGUUGCUUACACAGCCUCUUACGACCAGAGGAGAAAUGUCCAGAGGGAGGAUUGACCUGUGUUAAAAUGUACACGGGAUGCGUCCUGAUCAGGUGUGAUAAGAUGACAGACUUGGAAACUGCCGCCUUGGAAGAAGAGUUCUUGACCCGCAGCGCCCGAGAGGAGGGCUGCACCACGCUGCACGGGGCCCACGAGAAGCACCAGCGUCUGUCAGCAGGCCGAGGGCGAGGAGGAAGCGUGGCCGAGCCCGUCGCGUGGCUCCUGGGAGGAGGAGUGGGCGAGCCCCCCACUUGUCACCCGCCUGCAGGCUUGCUUCUCUCCAGGACCCCUCAGCACAAGAGGCCACUCAAGCCACAGCCCCGUGGGCAGAGUCCACGGUUGCACACAGCCUCCCCUCCCGGUGCUGCACUGCGCCUGCUCCUGCGGCUGCAUCAGG